CCAGCGGUUACAUGAGAAGCUGGCGCACCUGGAGGGAAGAGGAGACGAGCUGCAGCCUCCCUGUGUGUAAUAUCUACGGUGACGAACGGUGAAGUGGCAAUGGAGGCCACCAGGAGAAAAACCAAGCCCAGUACCAAUGGAAAGACAUCUGAACAGAAAGAGGACCCAGCACAGUGGGGGAGAGCAUGGGAGGUGGACUGGUUUUCCCUGAGCAGCGUGAUCGCCCUCCUUUGCUUCGCCCCUUUCAUUGUCUUCUACUUUGUGAUGGCCUGCGACCAGUACCAGUGCUCCAUCACCCAGCCUCUGUUUGAACUGUAUCAAGGAGAGACCACACUGCUCUCCAUCUGGGCCCGUUCACCCUCCUUCACCUGGACAGCCGCCAAGAUAUAUGCCAUAUGGGUGGCCUUCCAGGUGUUCCUGUAUAUGUGUGUUCCUGAUGUCACACACAAGUUUAUUCCUGGCUUUGUUGGUGGAGUUCAGGACGGAGCACGAACUCCUGCUGGCCUGGUUAACAAGUAUGAGAUCAACGGGCUGCAGUGCUGGCUGAUCACUCAUGCCCUGUGGUAUGCAAACGCCCAGUACUUCCACUGGUUCUCUCCCACCAUCAUCUUCGACAACUGGAUCCCCCUGAUGUGGUGCGCCAACAUACUGGGCUACGCUGUGUCCUCCUUCGCUUUCAUAAAGGCCUACCUGUUCCCCACCAACGCUGAGGACUGCAAGUUCACAGGGAACAUCUUCUACAACUACAUGAUGGGAAUUGAGUUCAACCCCCGCAUUGGCAAGUGGUUUGACUUCAAGCUUUUCUUCAACGGCCGGCCUGGCAUUGUAGCCUGGACUCUUAUUAAUCUGUCGUACAUGGCCAAGCAGCAAGAACUGUAUGGCCACGUCACAAACUCCAUGAUUCUGGUCAACGUUUUGCAGGCUAUCUAUGUGUUGGAUUUCUUCUGGAAUGAGGCGUGGUACCUGAAGACCAUCGAUAUCUGCCAUGACCACUUCGGAUGGUAUCUGGGCUGGGGAGAUUGUGUCUGGCUGCCUUAUCUGUACACACUCCAGGGUCUGUACCUGGUGUAUAACCCAGUCCAGCUCUCCAAUGUCCACGCCCUGGCUGUCCUGUUGUUGGGCCUUGUCGGGUACUACAUCUUCCGCUCCACCAAUCACCAGAAGGACCUGUUCCGGCGCACCGAGGGCUCCUGCUCCAUCUGGGGCCGUAAGCCAGAGUAUAUUGAGUGCUCGUACCGCUCCACUGACGGAGGGGUCCACCGCAGCAGGCUCAUGACAUCAGGCUUCUGGGGCCUGGCCCGGCACUUCAACUACACCGGCGACCUGAUGGGUUCGCUGGCCUACUGUGCUGCCUGUGGCUUUGGCCACAUACUACCAUACUUCUACAUCGUUUACAUGACCAUCCUGCUGGUCCACCGCUGUGUGCGUGAUGAGCACCGCUGCAGCAGCAAGUAUGGCAAAGACUGGAAACGCUAUACUGAUGCUGUGCCUUACCGACUAAUCCCUGGGGUGUUUUAGAGAGGAAGAUAAAAAAGAGGUGGAGGGGUGGGUAAAGAUUAAGAGAGAUCCAGAAAUUAUGAAAUGGGAACAGGGCUGGGUAUCGGUACUCAAUAUCUUUUUAAAGUGUCAAUCAAAAUAACUCAGCUACAACGGCAGCUACAACCUAUACAGUCUGUAGCAGUGAAGUCGAGCAUGGUGUAUGUAGAGUUGGCAGUUGUUGAAUGAAGGAGGUAAAAAAGAUAUUGAGUCAACUACUCUGUUGGUAUCAGUAUCUCUUUAAGGGUACUGGUAUUGUAGUUAUUUAAACGAUACCUAGCUCUAAAUGGGAUUGGGGUUUGCAAGAUAACCUUGCAGUUUGUGCGACUAUGUGUUUUACACAUUUCACCACACUGACACAAUUUUUAACACUACAUAUGAUACUCUGUCAGUUGUAUGUAUUUUCUAAUAAGUGUGUAUACUGCUGCACUGCACAUGUGUGUAUGCAGGUACAGAACAGUUUAUUGCUAUAUUUUUCUGCCUUAGUGAAGGCAGUCUGAAAGACCAGUCUGCUGUUUUCUUUAUGCUGUGACUAGU